UCGCUCAGCUGGGACACACUAGUCUCUGACGCGAGCGCGUGCGUACCAUUUUUCUUUUUUUUUCCUCUGCUGACCGCUCUCUCUCUCUCUCUUUCUUUCGCUCUCUGGCAUUUGCGGCCGAAAUUCGACAAAGGCAACGCGGUCAGCGGCAAAAACUCGGCGCUCGAUUGGUCAGUGCUCCGUUCGGCCGCGUGUGACAACUAAGUGCGCGAGUGCGUCGGCCGUAGUACAACAAACACACGAAGAAGAACGGAAGAACUGCAUUUGGUCGUCGCUGGCUGCUCGGACACGAUAUGAGGAUCGAGGAAGAUCGGUGAGCGAGGAAAAAAACAGUGUUUUGAGUGUGUGCGGAGGAGGAAAAUCCAAAGACGCUUCGCGAGAAUUUCAAGUUCAUCGGAUGCUCUCCUCGAGAUAAGCGUGACGAUCUCGAGAGAACGGCAGUCGUCGAAAACUUGUCUUUCUCUUUUCCUUCGCUCUGUAGGAUAAUGCGAAAUCUAGAGAGGUUAUCAGCAGGCAGCGAUCAGGACUCAGUCGAUCAGGAGAUGUACAUCGACCUGGACGACGCCUCCGUGGACUCGCUGAGCGGUAAACGAGGCCGUCACCACGUCGCCGAGGUGGGCGACGAGAGCGACAGCAGCGGCAGCGAGCGUGGCCCGAAACGAGUGAAGCGGCGCAGUCGAGGUGGCCCGCCAACGACCCGCAGACGAAAGAGCGGCAUCUCGGCACGCGAGCGAACCCUCAGGCGGCUUGAGAGCAAUGAGCGCGAACGCAUGAGGAUGCACUCGCUCAACGACGCAUUCGAGCAACUACGAGAAGUGAUACCGCACGUAAAAAUGGAGAGGAAGCUCAGCAAAAUCGAAACGCUCACGCUCGCCAAGAAUUACAUAAUGGCACUGACGAACGUCAUAUGCGAGAUGCGUGGUGAAGAGCAACCUUACACAUUCGUGGACGGUGAGUGUGGCUCGAGCAGUGGUGACAGUAGCACCGGCCAGCUGGAAUUAAGUGGCAAUGACGAGCAACCUGAAGAAGCGUCGCCGGCAUCUCAUCACGAGACCAAUAACAACAGCCUGCUACACGAGGAUCUCGAGCGCAGGAUAUAAAUAAAAACAUUUGUGUGCAAAAAAGUGUUGUUCGACGAGGCGAAACGAUAAACUGUGAUAACAAAUCGCCUCCAGUGCUCACACGCAAACGCAUACCCAAGCACACCCAUACAUGUAAUAUUACAUAUAUUAUACAUUCCUCCAUAAACCGUGGUGGCCCUCCCCCUCCCCCGAAAAAAUGGAAAAAAAGUGCAAAAACCCGUCCAAAAGCCCCGAUGAAAAAAAAGUGAAAAAAAAAAAAUAAUAUAUAAAUAUUAUAUUAUAUUUAGUAUAAUAACCAGAGAUGGACAGAGAGAAAGAAAGAGAUAGAGUGUCGGCCGUGUGACGGACAUUCCACGAUAAUCGUCAUCAUCGGAUUCCGACUCGCGCGUUGUAACGGUUCCGAAAAGCGCGCCUUCGUAUAUAUACGGCGUCAAUGAACUUCUCUUGAACGACGCGAGCAAAGCGACUAAACCGGAGGAUGGUGGAAUGCGGCGGCGGCGGUGGCGGCGGCGGUGGCGGCGGCGGUGGCGGCGGCGGAUGCCGGUUAAAACUCCUCGUGCCGCGGAGAGGGAAAAAUAAUUUUUUUUCUAAUUUUAUAUAAAUAAACAGACGCCGCUGUAUACGAUCGCACAUUGAUCUGUGUGUAUUAUACGUGCGCGCGCCUGCGUGGUUGAUUUAUAUGUUAGGACUUGUUAAGGAGCGCGCGAUAUUGUUGUACGUCGAUUGCAUAAUGUGCGAAGAGUUUUUUCUCUUAGAUUAUUACUAUUACUAUCAUUCUUCUUUUUGCAGAGCAAUAGAAAUUGUAUAUUCUGAGGCUCGAUUUCCUUUCAUUUUUAUUAUUUAUGCAAUCAGUUUCUCAUUUUUAUUAUUCAUCUUCUCCUGAAUGCUGAACAUUCGACAAUGCACCUUCGGUGCUUAGUUACCAAGACUCGAGCAGAACGAUGUACUUCAACGAAGCAAAAAAUAAUUACAUUCUGACGCGCAACGCGAAUGAUGCAUGUGAAUAACUAUAGAAACGUAAUGAAUUUUUUUUUGUUCGUCUUCCUUUUUCAUAUUUUUAUACUUGUAAAUGAAAAAAGAUGAUAUAUAUAUUUGAUUAAGGAUAUCGAGAGAAAAAACACUACUUUUCCAAGAAGGUGCAAACAUACACAAACAUACAUAUACAUACAUGGAUAUUAGCAAAAAUUGCUGAAUCUUUCGAAAUGGAGAAACAUGUUUGUGAAGUAUUUUUAAAUUGAUAAUGGAUUGAAGUGAUAUUUUUCUUCCGAUGAAAAACAAAAAAAAUCUCUUGAGAUAUUCGAACGUUGAACGCUAAAUCGAUAUUUAAAUUAUUUUCGUGUGCGGAAAAUUGUACACGGUUUUAUCGUACACACAAACUAUUAUGCACAAUAACGUGGCGCGAAUCAAAGAGUAUCAAUUCUUACACUAUGUUACUGUGCACAAUCAUUUUUCUGUACAAUAAAACCGUGCACGCCAUUAUUUUCGUAUUUUAUUUUUGUUAUCCUCUUCAACUUUUCGACAACGAUUGUUGCUUGAGUAAUUAUGUUAGUUCUUGAUUGAUUAUUCUUUGUUAGCAUUCAGUUUGCGGAAAGAUCACGAAUUGCAUGUUUUUCCGCACAUUAUCGCUUCACCAUUGUACAAAAUAUAUCAUUUAAAUUUUUAAGCGAAUUAUCAUCACCGAAAAACACAUAAUUUAUGCAUAUUAUCAAAUAAAGAAAUGCGUGCGAUCAUAUUUACUUCUUCUUUUUUUUUCUGUUCGUCAAUAUUUUAUUAUCUUGUCAAAGUAACUAUUGCGGAGUUAAUAUAAUCUAUUCAAAUUCUAAUAUUUGUUGACGGAGGCGAUAACUCCUGAAUGGACGUGUAAAUGAAUUAUGUAUUAUUUCUAUCCUCAGCAAAUGACGUAGCUUCAGCCUUAUCAUACUCUUUUUUUUUUCUUUUUUGUUUCAACGUCUGAAAAUCCAGUCUGUAUCAUUAUUCAAACCAUUCCCGUGUAAUAAUUACUGAAAAAAUUAUUUUUUCAAUUCGACGAAACAAAAUGUUGUUAAAACGCUGUAAUUGUUAGACGAAGAAACUGUGAAUGUGUGCCUUGUCUCGCGUGUACAAAGCUGUACUCCAUUAAUCGCCAAGAGAGAGAGAGAGAGAGAGAGAUAAAAGCUGUCUGGUGUACAUAAUAAAUAAACGAAGUGUAUUCUAGGAAAAUUAAUCGACUGCGAGGGACGAUGUAAAUUUAUCGAUUUUAUUUUUCGAUAAAUAAGCUCACACCUGGCUUGAGCAUUAUACGCGUUGCUCGACAGUUUGCGUCUUCAUAAUUGUUCGCCGAGUGUCAGCUUCCCUUCUGAUGCGAUAUCAAUUAGCGGCCCCGAAGAACUAAAUUUUUUCCUUAUAAUCGUGCCGUGUGUUAAGUACUUAUUCUUCUCUGCCUCUCGUCUGGUUACUUAUAUAUGCCAGAAACACGAGUUUCUUCUUUUUUUUUUUAUCGCUCUGACUAAUUGGAAAAUUUUCGAGCUGUUGUGAUUAUCUUUAUAGCGUUUCUCGCUUUAGUAUUUAUUGAAGAAAAUUAAUAUCAUCGACAAAAUUUUACCACUUGCAUUGCUUUUCCUUUUGUUACUCUGUGCGUCGUCUAAUAAACAUCCAGCAUGCAACUAACGUGAUUAGAAUGUGAAAACUCCGCGCAAAAACGUUUCAUUAUCGCUUGUUGAUUUUACGUCUAAUAAGAAUUAUGAGCUAAUUAUAUUUUUAUCGAAAUGCACAGCAUUUUGCUUUCAAGACAAUAAUUCAAACAGUGGCCAAAAAUAUAUAUAUAUAUAUAUAUAUAUAUAUAUAUACAUACAUACAUAUAUAUAUAUAUGCAUUUUCGUUCGAUUUAAAAAAGAUAAAUGUAUUCUCGAUCGACGAUUAUCUAAACUAAUUACACACUUCGAUUCGCAUGUAAAUUUCGUGAAUGUACACAACAUUAAGGAAGCUACAUUUCCUUGAGUUGUAUAGUAUAAUGUGUGCGUGUGCGUGUGUGUAUGUGUGUAAUGCAGCGACCGCGAAAAUUUCUCAUGUACACACGCGGAGGUGAAAGCGGCAGUGCCGCGUAUACGUGAAGAAAAAAAUAUGUAUAAUCGCGCCGUUCGUAACGUUGCGAAAACCACGCGAGGAAAUCCGCUUGGAAAAAAGAGUGACCUCAGAGUGAAUAAAAAAAGAAUUCUAAAAGGAUUAUGUAAGACUGCUGUGAGAUAAAAGAAAAAAAAAGAUGACUGACGAUCAUAUGUUGCAUAUGUCCGUCUGUGUGUGUGAAUUAGCGGAUGAUUGACCGCGGGAGAAUCCGCCCAUGCUAGCGAGAAAAAUAAAAAUGCAUGCGUUGUGAUGAAAUUUUAAUUUAAGCCGCCCCUCAACGAGAGUUUUAAGAUUGACACGAUGUACUCAGAUUAUGUCUAUGUAGGUCUUAACGACAACAAUUGUGCGAUGUGUAUGUGUAUCAAGACGCGACAAAAAGAUUUUAAAAAAAGAAGCCUGAUCGUGAAAAAGGUUUGUGUGUGUGUGUAUUCCUUUCGUUCUUUUUACUUGUGCGCUUACUCGGCUAACGAAACACACACAUCGACGAAAAAAAAAUACGUCGAAAAUUACCAUCAUUCCUAGUAACUCUCAAAGCAGUCACUCUAUGAAAAUGCUCGUAUCACACACAUACAUAUACAGCGAUUAAUUAUACACACAGAGAUAGUAUAAAAAAACGGUUUUCUUAUUAGAAAUAAUAUAUAUCUGCUAUGCGUAAAACUUCGAUGUGCCUUAAGUUACUAAAAUAACUGGUAAUUUUACAUGUAAUAUCAUAAAAUAUCUUCCUCGAGUUCGAUUUCUGGUAAAGAGAGUCAUCUUCGAUUUAUAUAUAUAUCUACACACAUACACACACACGCGUGCGCGCGCGCACACACGCACGCACACACACACAGAGACACACACACACACACAUAAAUAUAGAGAACUGUCAUACCGGAUGUAUAAUUUUAUGCUUCGAUAAAAUAAACACAAAUUAUUAAAAUAAGUAGCCUACAAGGCGAAGAAAAGAUCCUAAGCAUAUGUAAAUGUAACGCGCGCGAGAAUAAAUUUACAUAAAAAAUCAUUGAUUAUUUCGAGAAAAGAGUGAAAAAAACCUAUUUCAUUUUCGCUGUAUUCCUUUCUCAUUUUUUUGUCUUUAUAUGGAUUUUUUAUUUUAAAUUAUUUCAUGCGCUUCUCAUCCUUUUUUCUCUUUUUAUUUUCUCUCAUUAUCAAUGUGUUUUUUGAAGGAGGAAGACGGCAUAUUCCUAUUCUGAAUAUAUUACAAAUAUACGAAUUUCAUCGUAACUGUUGCUUAAUAAAGUGCAAAAUAUGUUUUUUUCUUUACACGAGUAUUUUAUUCAAAUAUCCUUUGAGUCCUAUUACCUAGAUUGAAACGUAUUAAUUUUUUCAGCUGAUGUAUCGGUUUGGAUCAUAGCACCAUUAUAUUUUAUUUAACAAAUAAUGAAAACUACUGUUUCAUCAAUUUAUUUUUAUUUAUAAUAUUGCAACGAUUUCAAUCGUUUUGAAAAACACGCUCUAUGACCCUCUUCUGAUUAACAAUACAAUAAUAUAAUGAACAUUUAUUAUGGACUGUUAAAAGUUUUUGUAAAUAAUCUAUUAACACUCACCGAAGGGUUAACAAC